UAAAAAAUUAUUAAACUAGUUAUAGUAGUUUAAUAGACAGGUACCUACGUCAUUACUCAGUACUCUUUAAUAUCUACCUGCUUAUAUACCUAGUACCUACUUCGUAUGUUCAUAUUUCGUGAAUAUUAGGUACCUAUAUUAAAUAUUUAAGCCUGUUAAGUGUCGAUUUUAAUUUGUUUGUCUGUUACUUGGUUGACUUGUAAGUUGUAGUCUUACAUGGUGUAUAGUGUUGACUAAAUAUAAAUAUUGUAGGUACCUAUAGGUAUCUUAUAUGUUAUAAGUCCCUUCGUGCUACCUACCUACAGUAGAUUGUAGUAUUGUAUACAAGCCAUUGUACGAAAAAAAACAUUCUUUCGAACGGAGGUCGAAACUUAUUAAUUUUUUUAGUUAUGGGCAAUUCAACUUUUAUUAAACAAAACUGAACCUAUAGGCGUGUACCUACAUAUUUUUUAUGUCUUAAAACCUUUCUUACUUUUUAACAUAAUUUUUUUAACUUCUAAAGCUAUUUUAUUGUUCUCUCAACUGGCAUACACAAUCAAACCAGAAUUGUACAAAUCCAUAAAGUAUGAUGAGUUUUAUACAAUUUUAUGAAUUUGUAAAAAAAAGUAGUUUUCCUCACUUAUAAUAGUAAUAAUAGUAUAAUAUUAUGUCUAUGUGUAUAUCUUAAUUCGUAGGUAUCUAUCGUAGACCUACAAACAGAUACAUUGUGGCGGUAAACCAUAGAUAGGGCGUACUGCUUGAAAGUUGCAUGGCUAAACAUGUUUAGCCAUGGAAAGUUGAAAUACUCUCAUUUUCAAAAUCAAACUGAUAAAAGAGUUAAGACGAUUGUCGAUCGUUUAUUGUGUAUAAUAUAGUGAAAAAGAUAUAGUUAAUAGUAGUUGUAAGUUAGUACUACUGUACUAGUAGGUAUAAGGUCUACGGAAAAAUAUUAGUAGGUAUCAGCUACAACCGAGUUCGAAAUAUUAUGUAAACAUUUGUUUUUAAACGAAUAAAACUUGAUUUUUUAUUAGUACAUCAAGGUACACGAUUUAAAAAUGUAUAUUAUACUAUAAGUUAUUACACUAGGGAUAGACAGGGCAGUACUUAUACAGUAUAAUAAACUUUUUUAUAUUAAGUAGUGCAAAUAUAAGGUGCACUACAAUAUAGCCGACAACAUCAAAGCUCUAGAUCGCAUUUUUAUGGAUGAUAUGUUUCUAUACUAUUGUAAACAAGAUGAGAAUUAAUAAAGAAUACGACGAAAAAACGUACAUGGUUCAAUGGUUUAAAUUGUACAAGAAAAGCAUUCAAAAUCUUAAAACAUUUUAUUUUAAUGGUACUUACCCAUUCAGAUCGUUUUCACCAAAAGUUGUACAAUUUAUAUUUAAACUUGCUGAUGAAUGUGGUAUGGAUAACACUGUUAAAUACAAAUGCGUCGAGUUAUAUGAUAGAUUUUUAUCUGAAUAUUUCAUUUACAUGCAUAAGAAAAUCUAUAGUAAACAUUCAAAUAAGUGGGUGAAAUUUUUAAAGCAGUGUAAGAAACAAUCCUAUUUACGAGUUAUGUCGUGCAUGCAAUUGCUGUCCAAGUAUGCUCAACAAUCAUUGAGUCUUAAAUUAAAAGAUAUCAAAGUUAUACUAGAGCGAACCGGGCAUAUAUAUACAAAAAAAAAUAUUCGUUGUUCAGAAGCUGAAGUCUUGCGUAUAGUUGAUUAUAAGCUGAAUGAACCAUCAAUAUUUAUGUUGGUUGAAUAUUUCAUUGACGUGAUCCCAUUCACUACUACGGAUAGUCUGCAUUCUACAUGCUUAUUGCUGACGGAUUUUGUUUAUAUUUAUCAACAAGAGCUUUAUGAUCGGCUACAGUAUCAAAAAAAAGGUUAUAAAAUCUAUACUUACAGUGAAAAAUUGGAACUACUAGACAUUGAAUUUGACAAAAUAACUACAGCAGCAGCAGUUGUUGUCACAGCUUUUUACAUAUUGAAUUCAACUGAUAAAACAAAUGAAGAGUUAUGUUUGUAUCUAUCUAAUAUAUGUGAAAAGUCAUUUGACUAUCUAUUAACAAUUUCAACUGUUCUAAUUUCUAUCAUAAACUCAAUUUGCAUUGAAUGAUAAUUUAAUAUAAAUAAUUACGUGCAAGCAUAUUUAUUCAAUUUUUUUGUAAUAAGUAUUUAAAACUUUACAAAAACUAAACUGUUAAUUGCCUAAUUUCAUAAAUUAUAAAAUGAAUGGCUUGUAUUUUUUUUUUAUAAAAACUAAUAUUUAAUAAUUUGUUUGAUUAUAUAAAUUGAUUAACUAAUAUUUUGAAUUUUUUAC